AAGAUUUCAGAAUGACUUCCUUGGCUGACAUGCCCCUGGAUUAUGAGAAGAUGUUUGCUCAUCGAUUCACAGCAGAUGAUGAAGAAUUCCAAGAAUACCUGAAGCGCCCUGCAGAUGCCCCUCCUAUAAUUGAAGAAUGGAGAAACAGAUCUGGUGGCAACCAGAGAAACAGAGAUCGGUUUCAAGAUGGUAGAUACUUUAGAGGGGACAGAUACAACUGGCAAGGUGACUAUAGAUACAAUCAGAGGCCAGAAAGAAGUUGGGGUAAUAACUACCAGCAGCCCAGACAAGGACAAUCCUACUCCCACUAUGGACAAUAUGGCUACAACUCCUACAACCCAGGGCCUCGUUACCAUCCCUACUGAUACUUGUGGUUUGAAAGUCCAGUAAUGCAAUGUAACAAAU